UGAAAGCGACAAGCCCGCUCUCAAUACUUGAGACAAUUAUCCAACGUGUUAACGUCGUCCCGUCUUCGCGUCAGUGUUACUGAAACCCUAAGUUCAUAGCCGGAAACUUCUCGGUGGAAACGAUGAAGGCGGUGGAAAUCACGAAUCCCGGUGGUCCCGAGGUUCUCAAGCUACAAGAAGUGGACGAGCCGGAGGUCAACGAAGGUGAGGUUCUCAUCAAGGUGGAGGCCGCCGGCGUGAACCGGGCCGAUACCCUCCAGAGGAAGGGAUUCCAUCCUCCACCGAAGGGCGCCAGUCCGUUCCUUGGGCUCGAGUGUUCCGGCACCGUCAUCGGCGUUGGGCGAUCCGUGGAUCGCUGGAAGGUUGGCGAUCAGGUAUGUGCACUUCUCAGUGGAGGCGGAUAUGCAGAAAAGGUGGCAGUACCAGCUGGACAGGUGCUUCCAGUUCCAAAAGGCAUAUCUUUAACUGAUGCUGCGAGCUUUCCUGAGGUAGCUUGCACCGUUUGGUCGACAGUCUUCAUGAUGAGCCACUUGACAGCUGGGGAAACUUUUCUGGUUCAUGGGGGAUCUAGUGGCAUCGGCACAUUUGCUAUCCAGAUUGCUAAGUACUAUGGGAUACGGGUAUUUGUCACCGCAGGAAGUGAAGAGAAACUUACCGCCUGCAAGGAUUUAGGUGCUGAUGUCUGCAUAAACUAUAAAACUGAAGAUUUCGUUGCACGGAUUAAGGAAGAAACUGGAGGAAAGGGUGUUGAUGUUAUACUGGACAAUGUUGGAGGAGCUUACUUUCAGCGUAAUCUCAAUAGCUUAAAUGUGGAUGGAAGGCUUUUCAUCAUUGGUUUCCAGGGAGGAGCAAUUACUGAGGUCAACUUAUCAUCCAUUCUUGCAAGACGCUUGACUGUACAAGGUGCUGGACUGAGAAGCAGAAGUCCUGAGAACAAAGCAGUGAUUGUUGCAGAGGUUGAGAAGCUUGUUUGGCCAGCUAUUGAAGCAGGUAAGGUGAAACCUAUUGUGUACAAGACUCUUCCACUUUCUGAAGCAGCAGAGGCUCACAGGAUAAUGGAGAGUAGUGUUCAUGUUGGCAAGAUAUUACUGAUUCCAUGAUCAGUGGGCACAUGUACUCAUAAAUUAAAAAAAAAAAAAAACUUGUUUGAAUUAGCUGCCAUGUUAAUAAGUCAUGUAUGGUAGGCAAGAGCCUGAGGGUAUAUACUACUAUUUUUGAUAUAUGACAUGUGCUCUUUCAUGAAUAAUAAAAAGGUAGAUAUUAAAGCAUAAAUCUUAUGUUAGAUGGAUUUGAUUUUAAGAU